AUGAGUAAAUUAGCGAGCGAAGCCAGGUCUCCCUUCCAAAACCGUCUUGCCACAGCUACCCUGCCACCUCCCGGUAAUGAGCAUUUCAUUGCUCGGAGAGCUCUUUGGCAGACGCCCGGAUCAAAUCCACCCUGCCCAACGGAACCGAAUGCCUCGCGUAAAAGAUUAGAAGCCCUUCUCGCACAACCCGACGCACUGGAAGACGAUGGAGUGUGGGACGCGGGUGUGAACAGAGUAUGGGACGGCUUGAUUGCCGGUGCCAGACUCAAGCAUCGACUGCCUCUUGCACUGGUUCUCAAAAUCUUACUAGCAGGUUGGAUUCAAGAAGGAACCUGGCCUAGGGGCGCGGUUGUACCAGAGUCCGACGAUGAAGUUACUUUACCUGAGGUUAUAGAGCACAUGCCGCUAUCAUCCACGGCUACCCCUACUCUCACCAUGCAGGCUUCUAGAGACGAUACAUCACGGUCAGCUGUUGUACGGGAGGCAUGA